GGUAUCUUUCACUUUGCACUUUGCAGUGAGGGAAGAGAAAAGGAAGGAAGUGAAAGUGUGUGUUGGUGGGUUCAUAUGAAAGUGAAGUAAAUUCUGACCCAGCAACGGUAUUAAUGGAUUCGCUGCUUCUUCGAUCUUUUCCUAAUGUCCCUUCAAUCACCACUCGUUCUUAUGCACCCAAAGCUUCAUGGCACAAAAGGAAAAUCCAAAAAGAAUGUAAUUUUUUGCGGUUUCGAUGCCCAAGUUUCAACUAUCAUUACCGUGGGAUUGAGGGAGGGUCUACAUCUCAAGAAUGCAAUAGAAAAUAUGCUGUGAAAGCUUCCUCUGGACAAUCUUUUGAAUCUCAAUCUCAAUCUUUUCAUUCAAAACCCAUUUUGGACGCUGUCAGAAAUUCCUUGGAUGCUUUCUACAGAUUUUCCAGGCCACACACUGUUAUUGGCACGGCACUGAGCAUAAUUUCUGUGUCUCUCCUUGCAGUGGAGAAAUUAUCAGAUAUAUCUCUACCAUUUUUUACUGGUUUGUUGGAGGCUGUUGUUGCUGCCCUGUUUAUGAAUAUUUAUAUCGUUGGUUUGAAUCAAUUGUCUGAUGUUGAAAUAGAUAAGAUAAACAAGCCAUAUCUUCCAUUGGCAUCCGGGGAAUAUUCCUUUGGAACUGGUGUCAUUAUUGUUGCAUCUUUUUCCAUUCUGAGUUUUUGGCUUGGCUGGAUUGUAGGUUCCUGGCCAUUGUUUUGGGCUCUGUUUGUUAGUUUUGUGCUAGGGACUGCUUAUUCAAUCAAUGUGCCCCUGUUGAGAUGGAAGAGAUUUGCAUUGCUUGCAGCAAUGUGCAUUCUAGCUGUUCGGGCAGUAAUAGUUCAACUUGCAUUUUUUCUUCACAUGCAGACUCACGUGUACAAGAGGGCUGCUGUCUUUUCGAGACCACUGAUUUUCGCCACAGCAUUUAUGAGUUUCUUCUCUGUAGUUAUAGCACUGUUUAAGGAUAUACCUGACAUUGAAGGAGAUAGAAUAUUUGGCAUUCAAUCUUUUUCAGUACGUUUAGGUCAGAAGCCGGUAUUCUGGACUUGUGUUUCCCUUCUUGAAAUAGCUUAUGGAGUUGCUCUCCUGGUGGGAGCAGCAUCUCCUUGCCUCUGGAGCAAAAUUGUGACGGGUCUGGGACACGCUGUUCUGGCUUCAAUUCUCUGGUUUCGUGCCAAAUCUGUAGAUUUGAAAAGUAAAGCUUCCAUAACUUCCUUCUACAUGUUUAUCUGGAAGCUAUUUUACGCAGAAUACUUCCUCAUUCCUUUUGUUAGAUGAUGUUGCAGCAACGUUGUUGACUUCGUAAUUUGUUCUGUUUAAUUAAUUAAACGGUGCUGCCUUUGUCACAGGCCAGCAUUGAGUCUCUACAUUAGUUUUAAGGUUUUGGUUGGCAUUGUAAAUGAAGAAUUAUUUCUUUAGGGAUGAAUUUUGUUUUCGGUAGUUUCGCCAAUAAUUUUUCUUACCUAUUAUUACUAUUAAAAAAACUGACAAACUCGUGCUUCAAGCAAUAUCAUUUUUUUUUUCUUUUUUUUUAAUGUCG